CAGGCUGGUGAGUGUUUUUCUUGUUAUGAAAUUCAUCCAGCCUGUUAAACAUGGCUCUAACAUCGUAUUUCCCGUUAUAUAGCUUUCAUUAUUGUCCUUUGUUGGUGUUACCUGGGGGUGAAAUUAAUUCAAAACUUAGGCGAAUAAUUAAGACGUUUGUUACCAUGUUGUGGGAACAAAAGCUUUGCCAAAAUUGAGCUUCGCUGGCUUGUAAUCAGAGAAUUCAAUCCGUCGUUUCGUGGAAAUUAACAGACACUUUCCUUCGCAAUUAACCACCCUUUGGUAAUGUUCGUGGUGCUUGUGAGUGUUGUCACAAUUAUGUCCGCUACAAGAGUAACUUUUAGUGCGAAAAGUCUCCAGUUAAAGAAUCAUUCUCUGGGCGAAGUCCAAGGAUGUUACAUUCACAAUCACACCUUGAGCGUUUGCUUCCAAAUUCGCAAAGGAUUUAUGAAAUUACUGAAGAUGAAUGGCGAUGAAAUUCUACAUUACAGGCAACUCACUCCUAAAAUGAUUCUUUACCAAGUCUUGGAUCAAGCAUUUGUUUGGUAUGACUCUUCCAUGACUCACGUCCCCAAUAAAGUUCGUAGAACUCCAGAGGCCUUAGCAGCCUUGGUCAGAAAGAAGGGAACACCUGUGCUCCAAACCGUACAGAACCUCUAUCGAGAGGCCAUGUGCGAGCUUCACAAUGUCCCGGAAGUCCAGCUACUGGAAAGACUUUCAGCAGCCCUAGCGGAUACUUCUACACAGUUGGAAACAAUGCAGCCAUUUUAUGCGCUCUGCCUGAAUGUUCUUAAAGCAUCGGACACAGAAAUUCAACCAGAGUUCAAGGCUGCGCAUGACUUGAACUUAGAUACUACUGGAAAGCGUAGCUGUCUGCGCCCGACGGAAAAUAACUGCCGAGGAAUGUGUGGCAAAGGAUGUUCGUGUUGGAGUUGGGUCUGCGGCGAUUGCUGCAGCCAUGAGGGUUGUUACGAGCAUGAUCUCUGUUGUAAGGAAAACCCAACAAGUCCACACUGCCUUUUCCCGUAUUUGUACGGUUUUACAUGCUCUAGAUUUGGAGGUUAUAGGGAUUGUUUGAAUUGGAGAUGGUGGGGAUAACGUGGAUCGAGAAGUGGACCAAAAGACAUUAAUGACACAAUGCUGGUGCAAUUAAAUGAUUAU